UCAGACAAGCGCGGCGGAGGCGGGGGACAGAGGCUGCCCGCGGGACCGGGGAGGUGGCGCUGCCUCCGGCCGGAGGGAAGGAAGGGGGAGCCGCGGAGGGGACGGAAGGAGAGGGAAUGUUUGUUUGUUCUCAAACACUGGAUAUGCUGGAUCAAUGAACUCUUACUCCAGGAAGCAGAGCUGAGAGGACAAACUGAGAAGACAUUAUUGUGAUGGCAAGCAGGAAUGCAACACUGUCCCAGAAGUCUCUGAUCUAGGGAAACAUGCAAGAAAGCAACCUCUGUGACUCUUUAAAUCACUGACUGUAACCCAGUCCAGGUUUGUCAGUGCCUGCUGAAAAAAAUUUCUAGAACUUUAAAGCAGACUACAAGACUGCCCUCAGCAGCAUCCAAGAUCUUCCCAGACUCUUUACCAACCCUACACACAAAACAAGAUGAUUGACCUAAGCUUCCUAACAGAGGAGGAACAAGAGGCAAUAAUGAAGGUGCUGCAACGGGAUGCAGAGCUUAAAAGAACUGAAGAUGAGAGAGUCAGGCAUUUACCAGAAAAAGUCAAAGACCGUGUUCAGCUGAAGAAUAUGAGUGGGCAGUGGUUUUAUGAGGCCAAGUCGAAGAGACACAGGGAUAAGAUCCAUGGAGCAGAUAUUAUCAGAGCUUCCAUGCGCAGGAAGCCUGCCACCAUUGCUGAAGUGGGUCAGAACAAAACAAGCAAAGCAAAGAUCAGCUGGGUGAACAAUGUUAAUAAAGAAGUCUUCAUGCCACCAGAUCUACAUGGCAUUGUGGAGCACCAAGAAGAAGAACAACAGAAGACUAGUUUGAGUUCUAAAGAAGUAACACCUGUGUUAAACAAGCCAGAGGAAAGACCUGUGAAGCCAGCAGUCUCAUCAGUAAGGCAAAGGAGAAAUCCAUUUAAUUCCAUUGUAUCAGAUGAUAACUUGAACAGUGUGGAAUCAGAAGAUGGACCAGUCAUUGUACCUCAGCUGUCAAAGAAGGAAACUUGGUCACUCUCAGAAGACAGCCCACCUAAAUCAAGCUUACAAAAUAAUGAAACAGAUACAUCUGAGAAGCCUUCUGUAGAACUUACUGAUGAAUCACAGAAGGAACCAGUUAAACGUCCUGUCCCAAAAGCUAGGAAGCUAAUUCACAAAGCAGCAGAUUCUGUAUCGCAAAGAGAGGACCUUGCUUCCAAACCAGCCAAGCAGACUGAGAGCAUUAAUGGCAUUGGUUCCCCACCCAGGGGCAUUCUGAAGCACAGCUCAAGCUCAAGUUCCACUGACUCAGAAGUUCGGGUUGGUCAGAUGUUAGAUGUUCAGAAAAAGAAUGGUCUUGCUGCUGCAACUAUUUUUGAAGGAGAAGGUGAGAAGAAUUCUCUUACGGAAGAAGCAGAAAACUCUGCACAUAAUUCACUGGAAAAACUGAAACAAGUGAGGUUUUCAUCUAGCUCAGGUAAAGGAAAACUUCUGCAAAGCCCACAGCUACACCAUGGUAAAGAAAAAGGAGAGCAUGAUACCUUAAGACUUGACAAAAAAAAGAAUAGUGGAAAUUAUGCUGUUCAAUCAGAUUCAUUUGGAGAUAAGCAAAUUCCUGCUGCAAAUCCUUUGGGAACCUAUUCAUCAACUUUAAAAAUGAAAACAAUAGAUGGCCUACAAGAAGACAUAUCUGCAUCCAGCCCUUGUGACAGUAACAGAUCAGUCUACCCAGUUAGCGAAAGCUUCCGGACAAAUACAGUUACUCCCAAGAAACUUGAAACUCCACAGAAGACCUCCAGCAAUAUCCUGUCAAACAGCAAUAAUGAACAGAGUGCUGAUGAGACACAUGAAAAAAAAUCCAGCCAAAUCUUGAGCCAUGAAUCAGAGUCAGGCAAAAACUUUACUGAUGGGCAUCAACUUUCUGCUGAAACAGAAGCAUGUGAGGUGUUCAAUACCAAUUCUACAACUCUUCAACAAGGUAAGCCUGAUCUUGUUGAGGAGAGAGAUACUAAAACCAUUUUCAAGCCUGGCAAGCAUGCUGAUGAACUCAUGAAAGUGGACGAUGAAUCUGUGUCAAAAGUUUUAGACUGGUUUAAAAGAAGUUCUAGUACUGAAGAUGAGGAAGUUGUAUCAACAAAGUCCCAAGGCAGGGAGCCCAGAGAAGAAGUGGAUGUGUCAAUCAGAACAGCAGUUCUUCCUACAGAGCACAGUGGGCCUGGCAUGCAUGGAAAAACAGAAGAUACAGAAGAGAGACUAUUUGGAAAGAUUAAACAACUGAGCAGAAUUUCAUCUACAUCCUUUACUUCAGAAAACAUACAGCUGAUAAAGGAGAGGGUGAAGCCUAAGACAGGGGAAGCAAAUGAGAAGCAAAAUGAUAAAUUGCUAAUGGAAUUUGAUUGUACAAGAAUUGAAGAAGAAGAACAUGGUCCAGAAAUCAAACAACUAAAUAAAACAUCAAAUCUCUUAGAACAUCAAAGGCACAAGCAACCUGCUCAGAAAUGUGAAUCUGAGAAGGCAAAACAAGAAAAAAGAAGAAUAAGGGAGAUCAGAGCAUUCUGGGAAAGGGAUAAAACUAUCCCCAGUCAUGGAGAGAAAGAAGUUAGUAUCAAUGCUGAUGCAUCAGGUGGCCGUGCAUUUACAGGUCUUGGAGAAAGUGACCAACAAAAACGAUCUGCAGUGUAUCUACCUAAGGCAUUGCAUGAUCAGAGCAAGAAUCCAUUAAGAAGUCCUGAACUAAGUUGUGCAAGUCAGGCCUCAAGAAACAAAAGUUAUCAUUCCUUUGAAUCAGGACCAGGCCAUGCAUUUGGAAAGCCAGAAGGGACACUUCAAUCUGAUAAACUCCCAAAAGCCAGAGCUGGUGUCACUUCAGCUGCCUCAAAAAGCAAAGACGAAGAUGAGAAGGAAACUCUUAAAGGGAAAGUUGCUGUUUCUUCCCAAGAGAAGCCCAGCUUCCAGGUUUUGUCUUUAAAAGAAAAGAUGAAUGAAAAGUCCAAGAAUCAAAUUUUAGAUCCUUCACACUUUCAGAGUCUGAGAAACUUCUGGGAUACUGGAGUUAAAUUACAGAGUAGCAUUGACAGGGAAGAUGAUUCUUUGCCAAAUAAUACUAGAUCAAUAACUUAUGAAAGAAAAUCAAAGGAAGAUAAAAAAGGCAGAGAAAAUGUGGGCAAGCAAGGUUUAAUUCAACAACAACUCCAAACAUCUGAGAGAGAAAAACCACAGAAACUAGAUUCUGAGGUAUGCAAAAAGUCUCUAGGAUCUCCUAUCCUGAAAGGUCUGAAUGUGACACAUACGAAAAAUACAGACUGUCUCCAGCUGGACAGACAAACAGUUAUCUCAAAAUCCCAGGAAAAGAUGGCUCUUCCAGAGCAAGAGGUUAGAGAAUGUACAGAAAAAAACAUUGUUUCAUCAAAAGAUCAUCAUGUGUCCUUGCAGCUCCAGUCACCUGGUGAUAAAGAUACUUUAAAGGAGACUGUAGUAGGUGAUAAAUUAUAUUUACCUAUAGAAAAAAGGGAAAACAAGACUACUCCUUUGGAUAAAGAGGAAGUUGCAGAGACUGUGGAUAAAGUUGUUCUGCCUAAAGGUGAGCUUGAUAUAUUUAAAUCAUGUCUAAAGAAGCUAGAAGAGGAAGCCUUUGAGAUGUCAUGUAGCUUAAACCUAAAAGAAAACAUUUUAAAAGGGACACAUUUUCAGUCAGAUCAAUGCAAAGUCUUUGAGAGAACAGGGGAAUGCAGUCAUGAUAUUUCUCAUGUUGAUCAUGGAGAAGAAAUAGGCAAAAGUACAGGACAAGUGAAUGUGUCAUCAACAGAUAAGCAUGAGAACAGAAAAAGUCUCAGAGAACUGUUUAGGGAAUUUGAACCUUUGUAUCUACAAUAUCAGGCAACAGACAAGGAUGACACUCUUGAGGGCUCUCAGAGGCCUCAAGCUGGUUUAGAGAACCUUCUCAAAGCAACCCUCGUAUCUCAACCUUCUGAAUACAGAAGGGUGGGGAUGAAAACGUAUGAUAACUCAAAUAGUAUAUCACAAACUAGCUGCAGUGUACCAUCAGUACACCAAGAAGCUACUGGUCAGCCUGAGGAGGUCCAUGAGCCCAUAGAGAAGUCUGUAGCUGGAUCCAAGGUGAAUGGCUUGAGUUCUGCCUUAGAGAAAUUGCUGAAGGAGGCUUCUGAAACACCACCUCCUAAACCCAAACAUGCUGACAGCACACCAUGGGGGAUUGCUGAGGAGCAAGUUAAAAGGACGAUGUAUGAACAUGGUGGAGAAGUGCCACAGGAAAUCAAUGAGACUGUAGAAAGAUCUGUUGCCCCAUCCAAGGCCAGUGGCUUGAGUUCUGCUUUAGAGAGGCUGCUGAAGGAGGCCUCUGAAACAUCCCCCCCUAAACUCAAACGUGCUGACAUCACAGCACAGAGAGCUGCUGAGGUGCAAGAUAAAGGCAUGACUUAUAAGCAUGGUGAAGAGAUGCUGCAGGAAAUCAGUGAGACCAUAGAAAGAUCUGUUGCCCCAUCCAAGGUCAAUGGCUUGAGUUCUGCUUUAGAGAGGCUGCUGAAGGAGGCCCCUGAAACAUCCUCUCCUAAAUCCAAAUAUGCUGACAGCACAGUACGAAGGACUGCUGAGGUGCAAGUUAGAAGCAUAACUUAUGAGUGUGAUGGGGAGCUGCCACAGGAAAUCCAUGAGCUAAUAGAAAAGUCUGUUGCCCCACCUUCAGAGAAUGGCUUGAGUUCUGCUUUAGAGAAGCUGCUGAAGGAGGCCUCUGAAACACCCCCUCCUAAACCAAAAUGUGCUGACAUCACAGUACAGAGAUUUCUGGAGGUAGAAGCUAAAAGCACGACCCAUAAGUAUGGUGGAGAGGUACCUCAGGAAAUCAGUGAGAAUAUAGAAAAGUCUGUUGCCCCAUCCAAGGCCAGUUGCUUGAGUUCUACUUUAGAGAGGCUGCUGAAGGAAGCCUCUGAAACACCCUCUCCUAAGCCCAAAUGUGCUGACAGCACAGUACAGGUGACUGCUGAGAUGAAAUCUAUGAGCACAGCCUGUGAGCAUGAUGGAGAGCUGCUGCAGGGAGUUGGUGAGACCACAGGAAGACCUGCACUGUCCAACAGUGAAUAUAGAGGUUCUGAUUUUAAUUUUCAGAAUCCACGCAAAGAGGUCUCUGAAACACCAGCUUCUGUGCUGGAAAAUAUAGAUAAGAAAAUUAAUCAUAAAAUACAGACUAGUGCAAAUAUACAUGUUCCACAUCAACAAGACAAAGAUCACCCUCAAGAAAUACAAGAAACAAUAGAAAAUACUUCUGUUUCAAAUAUCACAAAAUUUGGUGAAUUCAGUUGCUCUUUAGAAAAACUUCUUCAAGAAGCAUCUGCAGUUUCAUGCUCAAUCUCCAAAGAUUUAUAUGAGCAAGAAGAAUUUGAGGAUUGUACAUUUCCCCCAGAAAAAAAGACUCUAUUCAUGACAAGGUCACAGCCAUACAACACCCUAAGUAGCUAUGAUACACAAAUGAAGAUAGUUCUCAAAGAGGGACCUCCAGAAAAAUAUGUUAAAGCCUCAGUUAAUGAUCUUGCAGUAAGUGAAAUUGAAGCUUCUGGUCUUAAAAGAGAUGGAGCUAUUAAUAAAAUAGGAGAGAGAAACAUGGUUCCAGUUGAUCUUCAUCCCUUGGAAGGCAAGACAAAUAUGGUUGCAGUCAAACCAUUUGAGAUAAAUGCAAAAGGGAUGGAUGAAAGCACAUUCUUGGAGGCUUCUGAACAGAAUUCAGAAUUUCAAGCACUCGUGAAUUUCAGAAGACCAAGUACGCCACUUAAAGAUGAGAGCAACUCUCCCCAGCCAGAAGAAGCUCAGUUCUGCCUAAUGUCUCAGCAUGAGGAUAACAAUGAAGAGGAAGGCAACAACUUAAAUUUGGGAUCCAAGUUUUCAGAUGAAAACUCUGAUUCCCACUCUGGAACAGGAAGUUCAACUUGUUCUGAAGAAGAAUUAAACCCUGUUUUGAUGGCUUUGAAAAGGAGUGCAGAUAGGAAAAAGCCUUCCAAAAGUCUAGAGGACAUUCCAUCAACCACCUCAAAUAAAGAAAAAAUAAAUAAACCAAAGGAAGAAUUAGUUCUUAGUGCUGAAGAUGUUUCCACAGUGACUUCACAGCCUGAUAAACCGUUUUCCAACCCUGAGAAACUCAAAGGACUGAGCAAGUCAGUACCAUCAUUCUUACAGGAAGAGAGUGAUGACAGAGAGACAGAUACAGCAUCAGAAAGCAGUUAUUCCUUUGGCAGAAUUAAGAAGAGUCCCAGCUCUCUAACCAAUCUUAGCAGCUCUUCUGGCAUGGCCUCCUUAUCCUCUGUGAGUGGCAGCCUAAUGAGCAUCUACAGUGCAGACUUUGGCAACGUGGAUGUGAAGGGGAACAUUCAGUUUGCCAUUGAUUAUGUGGAACAGCUGAACGAGCUCCACAUCUUCAUUUGCCAGUGUAAAGACCUGGCAGUAGCAGAUGUUAAGCGACAGCGUUCAGACCCGUAUGUAAAGACCUACCUUCUUCCAGAGAAAUACAGACUGGGCAAAAGGAAGACAUCUAUCAAAAAGAAAACAUUUAAUCCAGUCUAUAAUGAAAUACUGCGGUAUAAAAUUGAGAAGGAGCUCCUAAAGAAUCAAAGCCUCAAUAUCUCUGUGUGGCACAAUGAUACCUUUGGUAGGAAUAGCUUCCUUGGUGAAGUGGAGUUGGAUUUAGGAGCUUGGGAGUGGAAUGAUCCAUCCAGUAAGCAGAUCAACUGGUUUCCUCUCAAGCCAAGGACUUCAGCAGUAACUCUUAAUCUAGAAAACAGAGGGGAGAUGAAACUAGCCCUCCAGUAUGUCCCACAUCCAAUUGGAGGAAAGAAGACUCUCUCUACUGGUGAAGUCCACAUCUGGGUGAAGGAAUGCCAUAACCUCCCUCUUCUGAGAGGCAAUAGGCUCAACUCUUUUAUUAAAUGUACCAUUCUUCCAGACACCAGCAGAAAAAGUCGCCAGAAAACAAGGACGGUUGCAAAAACUACAAACCCAGUAUUCAACCACACCAUGGUCUAUGAUGGCUUUAGACCAGAAGAUUUAAAAGAAGCCUGCAUAGAGCUCACAGUCUGGGAUCACAACAAACUAGCAAACCACUUUCUGGGAGGCCUCCGGAUAGGCCUUGGAACAGGCAAAAGCUAUGGAACUACAGUAGAUUGGAUGGAUUCUACUUCAGAUGAAACUGCCCUUUGGCAGAAGAUGAUGAACUCUCCAAACACCUGGAUAGAAGAUACACUACCUCUCAGGAUGCUUAUGGUUGCAAAAUUGACAAAAUAAGGUGGAUUUUUAUUUGUUAGUGUCAAAAUGAAACCUUGGGAAUUAAAUUGAAAGCAUGGGGAUGGAAUUUGGAAGAGGAACACAGUAGUAGCUUUUUUGACAGUUUCUGCUCUGUUACUGUUCUGGUUUUGUGCUGUCAGAUGUCACUUUGUAUGUCAAACAUCUGCUUGCAGAUCAUUAUGUAAAUUGUAGGGAUUUAAAAAUUUCUUAUUCACUGAAAACCACUUUAAGAAAGAAGGUGUUUACAGAACUCAGUGUUAGAGGUAGCUGUGAUAUCAGGAUGAAUGUUUUGUCUAACUGAAGCAUUGAUGAUCCCUUAAAUGAUCCAAAUAACCAGCAGAAAUAUAAGAGCAAGUCAGCUGUUUCUGUACAUUGCUUGGAUUGUUCAUGAAGUCUUACUGAUAAGACAGCAACAUUAGUGUUAAAGCUCAUUGGUAUCUCUUUGUAUCCUCAUUAUGCCAUGUUAGAUCUCACCAGCAUGGAAUAUGGGCAUGAAGAAUUUCGUUUUUUGAAAGUUCCUCUAGUUGUAAUUGUACAUUUCUAGGACAUGAAAGCUACUUCCCCAGUGAAAGAAGAGUGGCAUGGAGUGGUACUGUUGAUGUCCUAUUCUACAAGGUGCGGAGGACUUAGUUCCAAUGUACUGUAAAAAAUCAGGGUUAUAAAAGUUUUGCUUAAUAUAUGUGUUGAUCAUCUUGCUAGUGUACAAUACUUAGUCUUAAGUUCUGAAGAUGAGAAGGUGAAACUUUUUUUUAUUCCAGUGCUACUCAAAAGGAUCUAAAUGUGCCAAUUUUAGUGAUGACAAGGAUGUUGUGUAUUUGUUCUCCAAAGUGUACUUGUUUGUACCUGUAUCCAUUAGCCUGGGGUUUUUUUUGCAAAAAGUGAACUUACCUGUGCUUCAGCGCCACCGUUAGGACACUGCAAGGACUGUGGUGGGCUUUGCUUGGUUUUGAGGCAUAGGAAAUAAGACUGGAGUUUUUAACUUGUAGAAAUGCAUGCUACUAGCAGAGAAAUACAUGAAAUACAAAAUAAAUUCCUUUUGUUUUCUUUUUGUAAUAAAUGCAGCCUAUUUAAACUAAA